AUGUCAGUGGCAGAAUAUUGGCAGAAAUUUACAGAGUUAUCACAGUAUGCUCCACCGAUUAUUGCUGAGGAAAGAGAUAAAUGCAGGAAGUUUAAACAAGGCUUGAGGAAAGAGAUUAGAACCCCGGUGACUUCUAUGGCCAAUUGGCUAGACUUUAACCAAUUAGUAGAAAUGACGACACGAGUCGAGCGGAGUUUAGCAGAUGAUGAGCAGUUGCAAAGGGGCAAUGAGGCUGUAGUAGGACUGACAGACAGGGGAUCCCGACUUCCAGUUACAAUUCAGACUAAUGGAAGCCAAUUCAGGGGUACGAGUUGGCAGGGAUCCAAGAAGAGGAAAUCGAGACCCUUAGCCAGUGCAGUCAGCCGACUAGAGAUGCCACGAGCUGGUGAGUCGCUAGUCAGCACAGACAGGAAACUGAUGUGCCCUAGUUAUGGCAAGAGGCAUUUUGGAGUAUGCUAUGAUGGCAGAGGGGACUUUUAUGUUGAUUUACUUCCCUUGGAUUUGUUAGAGUUUGAUGCUAUCCUAGGGAUGGAUUUCCUAAGUAAAUAUCGUGUUUCAGUGGAAUUCUACAAGAAAGAAGUAAUGCUCAGAAAAUCAAGUGGCCAAGACACAGUUCUAGUAGGAAGCAAAAGAUUAACUGCGGGAAGUCUAAUAUCAGCAGGGAAAGGUAAGAAGCUGCUAAGUAAGGGAUGUAAGGUCUAUCUGGCUCACGUAGUGAUUGCUCAAAGGAAAGAGCUGAACCCAGAAGACGUCCCCAUGGUAAAUGAGUUUUGGGAUGUAUUUCCUGAGGAAUUAUUGGGAUUGCCACCCGAUAGAGAAGUGGAGUUCACUAUUGACUUAAUUCCAGGAACAACUCCCAUAUCGCAGACUCCAUACAAAAUGGCGUCAACUGAGUUAAAAGAAUUAAAGCUAAGAGGAGCCACGGUGUUUUCAAAGGUAGACCUGAGAUCGGGUUAUCAUCAAUUGAAGGUGAAGGAAGCUGACAUUCCUAAAUCAGCAUUUAGAACAAGAUAUGAACAUUAUGAAUUUCUAGUAAUGCCAUUUGGACUGACAAAUGCCCCUGCAGUAUUCAUGGACCUUAUGAAUAGGGUAUUUCAUCCCUACUUGGACCAGCUCGUGAUAGUAUUCAUUGAUGAUAUAUUGGUAUAUUUUGGCAAUCGGGUUGUAUUUCUCGGGCAUGUUUUUUCAGUAGAUGGUAUUAGUGUAGAUUCCCAACAGACAGAAGCAAUAGUUAACUGGGAACGACCCAUGACUAUUUCAGAGAUACGUAGUUUCCUAGGUUUGGCAGGUUAUUACAGGAGGUUUGUAGAGGGUUUCUCUAAGAUAGCUCUUCCAUUGACGAACCUGACCAGGAAAGGUGUGAGGUUUGAGUGGUCGUCGAAGUGUGAGCAUAGUUUUCAGGAGCUGAAACAGAGGCUAGUAUCAGCGCUAGUGCUUACCUUGCCUGUUCUAGAAAAGGAGGGAAGAAUGUAUGUGCCUAAUAAGCUACGGCUUAAGCAAGCCAUUCUGGAAGAAGCACAUAGUUCGGCUUAUGCUAUGCAUCCAGGGAGCACCAAGAUGUAUAAAACUUUGAAGAGAUCUUACUGGUGGACUGGGAUGAAGAGAGACAUAGCAGAAUAUGUUGAUCGAUGUUUAACCUAUCAACAGGUGAAACCUGAGAGACAAAGACCAGCAGGAUUACUAAACCCACUCACAGUGACUGAGUGGAAGUAG